CCAGAACAUCGUUGUGACUUCACCACCACCAAUCAACCAAGUCGUGGAAAUCUCAUUUGAACUGCAAGUAUCUGUGAUAUCUUGCUUUCAAAAACCAUUCAGUUGAUAUUUUGGGGAAUUUGAUCAUCUGAAUAAUCUGCAUACAUCUACACCUCAACCUUGUGCCGUAGUACGUCUCUCGCUGGAAAUUCACUCCAUUUUCCCAACCUUUUAUUCAUUUCAACUGAAGAAAUGGCACCCAAAGAUAACAUCACUUGGGCAGUCACUGCGAGUGCAACAACGUGAACGCUACGGGUGAUUUUUGCCAAAGUCAACCACAACACAAAAAAUGAGUGCAUUCGCUGCUCGACAAAAGCUGUUAGGGCUGUCGGCUGCUGCCGUUGCCAGUGCUGCCGCCACUACUCCCAAUGUUGACGACGAUGACAACAACGGAGAUAUCAUUGACCGCAACACAUCCGCCAAGUCCUUCUUCACUAGGGAUAACUUCAGAAAGGCACUGCAAGCUCAAAAACAGGAGCCUUCCGAUGAUGUGGACGAAAAGCCGGUAGCACGUCCAAGGAAAAGGAAGCAAGGUCCUAAGGACGAACUACCAGCCGAAGGAAGAGAGGAAGGUCGUCAAGUGAAGUCUCAAUUCCCGAAUCUUUCAGAACCAAUUCCGACAGGCCGGAGGAGGGUCAUCUACUAUUCAUCUCAAAGGUUGGGCCAGACGAACAUCCAACUAAAGGCCAACGGCCGUAUGCUUCUCAAGCUCCUCGAUGGAGAGCGUUUGGUCAUUCUUGGGAGCUAUGGUAUCAAGGUUCGCGAAGGCGAGCUUACCAUUGCUGGAGCUUUCCUAUCCAAGUCGGACCUGAUUCAUUGGGUUCACGCUCCCCUAUGCCAUGCUCUUCCCGUCAUCCGGAUUACAAGCGAUGCCACAAUCGAGUUGCAUCCACACCCAGGAGCUCGGAGCCUGAGACAGCUCGCUAGCCUGAACCCUGCAUUUGGGAAGCUAUGGAAUGAGUCGGACGAUGUUGCGUCGGGUCAGGUCAAAAAGGCUAUCUCUACCUUCCAGAUCAUCUUCACGUCAGAUGAUGGUCCGAAGAGGGGGGGCAUCCAGGAGUUGGUUUCCCCCGCUGAAUGGAACAAGCAACUAGCGGACGUCCUAGACUCCAAAACCAAGGCUACGCCUGUUGUCUUCCUGAGCGGCCCCAAAUCCUCCGGAAAGUCUACUUUUGGACGGUUAAUGGCCAACCGCCUGAUAACUGGCUCCGGGCUCUCACGACAGCCCUGGGCCCCGGUAGUCGUCCUUGAUCUCGACCCUGGUCAGCCAGAAUUUGGACCUCCCUCCGUCAUAUCCCUCAACAAGCUGUCCAGCCCCAAUCUCUCUCCUCCCUUCUGCCAUCCGGCCCUAGACUCAACGACAGCCCAACUACGCGCCCACACCGUUGCCUCCGUCACCCCCAGUCUUGACCCGGACCACUUUGUUGCAUGCGCCCUCGAUCUUUUCCACACAUACAAGACCAACCCGUCGCUGAACAAACUCCCACUCAUAAUCAACACUCCCGGCUGGAUCCAAGGUACCGGGCUCGACAUUCUAUCUGAGCUCAUCCGCCAGACCGUCCCAACCGAAGUGAUCUACAUGUCCCAAGACGGGCCCGAAGAGACCGUCGACGGCCUCAAAGCCGCCUGCCAGGACAAGAAAAUCCCCUUCGUCACUGUCCCCAGUCAACAACCCCAAGGCCAACAAUUAUCCUCGUCAACCGAGACCACCACAACCUCAGGAGGAGGAAGCUCAAGAACAGCCCUCCACCUCCGCACAAUGCAAACAAUGUCCUACUUCCACCUCCUUUUCUCCUCCCUCACUGCCACUGCUCCCCAAGGCCACCAAGUCCAGAGCCAAAGCCAAAGCCAAACCCACCCCGGCCCUACUUGGUCCCCAACACCCCUCACCCACCUCCCCCCCUGGCGCGUCCGCUACCGUGGCCCUCGCCCCGGCUUCCUCGGCAUUCUUUGUUAUGACCACCAGCCCGCGCCGGACUUGUUGGCUGAAGCCAUAAACGGGAUGAUCCUCGCUUUGGUGAAAAUCGAAGACCGCGCUGGUGCUUUUAGGGACUUUCCCGACCUCCUCGUUUCCCCACAGGAACAGCACCAACAGUCGAAGCAGUCGAAGCAGUCGCAGUCUGUACAGCAGUUCAAGCAGUCCCAGUCCCAAAAACCGGAGUUGUUGAUAUGCAAAACCCCCCGCGAAUCCCUCCCCCACCUCCCUAACCCCCAAGGCAAAACGCUUUCCCCCGCCCACUCGCGCGUGCUGGGGUUGGUGCUGGUCAGGGGGAUUGAUGUAAAGAGGGGGGAGUUGCAGCUUUUGACGCCUUUGCCUUUUGAGGUGAUCACAGAAAAGGACCAGGAUUUGGUGCUGGUGGCCGGCAGGUUCGAUACGCCCUCCUGGGCGUAUGCGGAGGAUUUACAUCGGAGGCAAUGGGAGAGGAAUAAUGCUGCUGCUAGGAACAAGGCUGCUGGUCAUGCUGGUCAGCAGAGUUUGGUUUUCGGCGGUGGUGCGAAGAUGGAGAUUGAUGAUGAUAAUGGGGAGGAUGGUGACCAGAGUGACGAAACGGAAUCGGUUGGAGCGGAUGAAGUUGAGGAGAGACCGGAGAUGGAAAGGGUGAAGGCGUUGCAUGAUGGCACGUCGGAGGCGCAGCCGUGGGUGGAGAUGUUGCAUGGUAGUCAGGGGAGGGCGGCGGGGAGUAAGGUGUGGAGGGUCAGGAGGGAUUUGGGGAGACGGUAG